UCGGAUCAUCUUGACACCCGGAACGAGCCGCGCCGGGCCAUGGCGCCGAUGGCGCAUGUGGAGCUCCUCUUCGCCUCGCAGACAGGCACUGCAGAGGAGACCGCCUGGGAGCUGGCGAGGGAGGGCCGGCGCAAGGGCUUCCUCAUGGAGCCCUGUGCGCUGGAUGACCUGCGCCUGGAGGAGUUGUGCAAAGUCCGGCUUGCAGUCUUCGUCGUCUCUACCACCGGCCAAGGCGACCCGCCAAUGAACAUGCGCCGGCUUUGGCAAGAGCUGCUGUGUGCCACCCUGCCGGCUACGCUGUUGCAGGGCCUCAGCUUCACUGUCUUUGGCCUCGGGGACACCCGCUACCGCGAGUUCAACUACGCCGCGCGGAAGCUCUUCGUGCGGCUUCAGGGCUUGGGCGCCACGGCCUUCUGGCGCCUGGGCCUGGGAGAUGACCAGCACGACUUCGGCAUGGAGCAAGAGCUUGAUCCUUGGUCCGAAGGCAUGUGGGCUGCCCUGGCGGAGAAGCUGCCUCCCGCGGCCGAAUCAGACGCCGAGGUUCGUUACGAGGUUGAGGAGAUGGAGCAGAGCACAAAUGGACAUACGCCUCCUGUGGAGCUGCCGGAGGAUAGUUUUUGGUCCGAGCUGCUUGCCAAGCGCAGCCUCCUCUCCGCCGAGGAGGAGGAUGUGCCAGAUGUAUGGAACUUCCGGCUCAGGCUCCCACCCGACCAACACUAUUUGGCCGGGGACGUUUUAGUGGUAUGGCCCGAGAUGGACUCUGUCCUGGUGCGCCGCUUUGUGGUGGACACCUUGGAGCGCUCGCUCACGGACUGCAUCCGAAUUCGGCCCAAGUGCUCCUCAUCCUCGAGCCCCUUCCCCUCGAGGGCCCUCACGCUGGAGGAAGUCUUCAGCCGCUACGUGGACGUCUCUGCGAUGCCGAGCCGACAUUUCUUCCAUGUGCUGUCUCAGCACACCCCGGAUGAGCUGCACAAGAAGAAGCUGAGCGAGUUCGCUUCACGCACGCUGGAAGCCAAAGAUGCACUCUACGAGUAUUGCAAGCGUGAGCGCCGAUCAGCGGCAGAGGUCAUGUGGGACUUCUGGACGGCGCGGCCGCCUCUGGCGGAGCUGCUUAGUGCUUUGCCGCUGCUUCGGCCACGGCGAUACUCCAUCGCCUCUAGCCCGAAGUGGGCUGGGCCCGGCAGAGCAGUGGGCGCCUGGUCGCUGACCCAGCGGCCCUUCUGGAUGCCCUUGGAGGUCUCUCCUAGCCGCGCCUUGCCGCGGAUGCUGGCGGACCUUUGGGGCGAACAUGGCCUGUCGGAGGAUCUUGAUCUCUGCGUGGGCAUCGUGGACUCCGUGACCAGGAGCAACCGCCAGGUGAAGGGCCUUUGCAGUAACUUCCUGAAGAAUGCGGCCGUGGGCUCGCGCCUGCGCUGCUCUCUGGAGCGCGGGACGCUGCAGUUGCCGGCCUUAGAGGUGCCUCUUAUCAUGGUGUGCCCGGGAACUGGGCUUUCACCUUGCCGGGCGCUGGUGCAAGCGAGGCACCGGCAAGUGCAGUCCAAUCCCCUCCAGCGGCCGAAGGAUCUGAUGUUCCUGGGCUUCCGGCAUCAGCGUGCCGACUUCCUCUACGGCGAGGAGUGGGACACCUUCGAGGCGUGGCUCUCGGUGCAGGUGGCCUUCUCCCGGGAUCACGAGGACAAGAAGGUCUACGUGCAAGACUUGAUCGAAGAGCAGGGGCCACAUGUGCGGCGCUUGCUUGCAGAGAACUCCGCCGCGGAGGGCUCCGCGUUUUCCACGCGGAGUUGGAGUUGGCAUGGUGACGCGGGGGCAGUGAUCUUCGUGUGCGGUCGCUCCCACCCAAUGCCCUCCCAAGUCUUUGACGCUUUCGUGGAGGUCCUGCAGCAUGGAGGCAUGACUGCGGAGGCUGCCACGCAAAGGCUGCGCCUGAUGCAACGCACACAGCGCUACAUUUGCGACACCUGGGGCUGAGGGAUGGCAUGUUGUCCUCCGCGCUUACUGGGUGCUAAAUAGCACGUUCAUCAUGUUCCUCGAUGGCCGCAGCAAAACGCCUCUUGCA